AUGUCUACAUUCGAUUUAACAAUAUCAUCUGCAGCUAAUUGUCCUGUUGAAGCGGAUCCUGUAUCUAUUCUAAGUUGUGUUGCUGUUGAUGCUGUUGGUUUAGUUCAAGCAACUAAAGGAAAUAUUAAAGUGUUUUGUACAAUGGCUGAACGUUUUAUGGAAUGUGUUAAAACAAAAACACGAGGUUGUAUUGGUGAAGAAUUUGUACGUGGAUCACUUACAGAAUUAAUUGAAUUAUCACAAAAAUGUUGUGUCAAUAAAGGUGAAAAGAUGAAUGAAGAAUGUCCAUUUGUUGCAAGACCUCAAUGUUUUUCAUUAAACGAUACAGCACAAAAACCAGAUGGCAAACAAAUAUCUAUUGGAAAUCUUCAAAUAGGUGAAAAAGUAUUGGCUAUUGAUAAAAAUGAUCAUAUUAUAUCAACAGAAAUUAUUGCUAUUUUACAUUAUGAAAAUAAUUCUCAAGCUCUAUUUUAUACAUUUACUACUGAAACAGGUCAUCAAGUAUCUUUAACACCAGAACAUCUUAUUUACAUUGGCAAUCGAACAUAUAUUCAAGCACGUCAUAUUGAUUCAAAAAAACAUCAAUUAUUUAUUCGUGGAGAAAAUAAUCAAAUAGAAGCAUCAAAUAUACGUUCAAUUGAUGUCGAACUUAAACAUGGCUAUGCAACACCAAUUACUCAACAUGGAACAUUACUUGUCAAUAGUGUUAGUUCAUCUUGCUAUGCAUCUAUUUAUUAUCAUUCUAUAGGACAUAUGGCUAUGGCGCCUUUACGUUGGAUUCAUCAAUUAAAACAAAUAUUUGGUUUAAUUAACAAGAACGAAACAAAUGACAAUGGAAUUCAUUGGUAUCCACGAGCAUUGAAUAAUAUUGUACAUAUGUUUAUUCCUUUUCCUGAUCUAUUUACAACAACUGCAGGCAAAAUCUAA